UAUUUAUUUACGGAAAUGAUCAGCAGUUCACAACAAUGGAGAAAGAUGACUAUUAAAAAUAAUACGAAGAAAGAGUUAAUCACAAUGACACCAUGGCUGCUGUUAAUAAACGAAGAUACAGAACACGUACUUCGAAAAGAUACUGUCAGGAGAAGUUCUGCUGUUUAACAGAGGGUGCAGUCGCUGAAUACCACUGCAUUCAAUGCAAAAGUGAUCAGUGUGAAAAGUGCAAUUCCUCCCUUCAUAAAUCGAAACUUGAGUUUGGAUUUCAUGAUAUUAAGCAAAUAGAACCACCACCUUAUGAGGAGUUGUGUCAAAUUGCAUCAUUAUUGAAUAAUUUAGAUUGUGAAGACAGAAAUUUUGCUGAUCUCCGUUGUGAAAAUUGUGAUCGUAAUUUUUGUUUACAGUGUUUUGACACCUAUCAUAAUAAGGACAGUAGAAGAACUCAUAGAAAAAUCACAUUUAAAGAGUACAAACAUAGACAACAAACAGGGUUAUUAGAUGCUUUAAAACCCCUGCCACCACCUGAAUUGUCAUCAUUAGAGCAGGACUCAUUGAAUUUCAUCUCUUGUCCACAAACCACACAAGUUGCAGAGAUCUCAAGCUCAGAUAGUAUGAUGUCAUAUACAAGUAUUCAUUCAGAUCACAGUCAGACAAGUAUCCCUGACAUUAUUUCUUCUGAUCCAAAUCUGAAUGCUGAUCAAAAAUCAGAAAUGUUUUCACUCACAAAAGAAUUGGAAGAAUGCCAAAUAGAUGAAAGGUUUAUGGAUUGUGAAAGUUUCUUACUUGUAGAUGAACAAGAAGCUUUGCAGGUAGUCAGUGCUGAUGAUUUCAUUGAUAAACUGCAGUGUGAUAAAGAUGACAAAGUUAAAGUUAUAUCUAUUUUUGGAAACACCGGUGAUGGAAAGUCUUAUACUCUUAACCAUACUUUCUUUGGUGGGAAAGAAGUUUUCAAAACCUCUGCUCAACAGGCUUCUUGUACUGUUGGAGUAUGGGCCUCAUAUGACAUUGACAACCAUGCCAUAAUUGUUGAUACUGAAGGUCUUCUUGGCGUUACCACUAAUCAAAAUCAAAGGACUCGCCUUUUAUUAAAACUUUUGGCUAUUUCUGAUGUUGUCAUCUACAGAACUCGUGCUGAGCGGCUACACAAUGAUAUGUUCUACUUCCUCAGUGAUGCUUCUAAAGCUUACUCUAAGCAUUUCACAGAGGAGCUUCGUGCAGUGUCGAAACGUAAUAAGAUGUCUUUAGAUGUGACUAAUUUGAGCCCAGCUGUCAUUGUAUUUCAUGAGACUCAGAAUACCAAUAUUUUAGGAGCACAAGAUGGACAAGGAGCAGAAUCUAUACUAAGGGACAGAUUUAAGGAAUUAGACUGUUCAAUGGACUUUAGCGACCUCAAAUAUGUGGGGACCAAAACUCAUCGGGACCAGUGCACUGACUUCAUAAAGUUACGCAAGUUUGUUCAAGAACAACUUAACAACAACACAAUUAGGUCAAGGAGAAAACCUGAGAUUAUCUACAAAACAUUUCAGAUUUUAAAUGAAAAGUUUAGCGGCGAGAUAGAGAAACAUGUUUAUGAAACAUUUCCAGAUCAGUAUUUUACAUGUACAUGUAAAUGCCAGUCUUGUGGGGCAAGAUGUUCUAGAAGUAUGAAUCACAAAGAAGAUGAACAUGUGACUGACAAAGGUGUAAAAUGCAAAUAUCAACACCAAUUUGAAAACAAGGUUUACUUUUGUAAGAAAUGUUACAGAGAUGGUAAACAGGUAAGGGUGGUACCUAAAACAUCCUCCUCUAAAGAUAAUGCUUGGCUAGGAGUUGCUAAAUAUGUCUGGUCUGGAGAUGUAUUGGAGUGUAGGAAUUGUGGAAUUAUUUUCCGUAGUAGACAAUAUUGGUAUGGAAAUCCAGAUGUAGAAAAUGUUGUACAUGAAGAAGUGGCCCAUGUUUGGCCAGAGGGUGACAAGUUCCUAAUUGGUACUCAUAAUGCUGCCCGUAAAUUUAUAGAUGGUAUAAGUUAUGUGGCUGAAUCUAUUGGUACUGUGAGCGCAAAGCCCACCAAGGUCAUGACAGAUUGGAUGGCUGACCAAAUAGCACCAGCUUAUUGGGUGCCUAACUCUAAAAUCAAGAAAUGUAAGAAAUGUGAGAAGAAGUUGUCAGAGGAGCAGAAACAUCAUUGUAGAGCUUGUGGAGAAGGUUUCUGUGAUGAGUGCUCAUCUAAACGUAGAACAGUACCAGAGAAAGGCUGGAAUAAUUCUGUCAGAGUCUGUGAUGAUUGCUAUAAUGUCAAUAUGAAUGAUUCCAACUCGAGUACUGGUAGUGACUCCCAGGUGACAGCUAGAAAGGUGGGCGAGUCAAUGACAUCAGCCCUAGAUGCAGUAGCUACAGCUAUCAACUAUCCUUUAGGUAUGUUGAAAGACUCAGCCAGGCCUGCCUACUGGGUACCAGACGAGCUCAUCAAGUCAUGUUGUGUCUGUGACCAAGAUUUCUCUGUCAAGUUACCCAUUCAUCACUGCCGUGCCUGCGGUCAGGGUGUCUGUGAUAAAUGCUCCCCUAAUAAACACCCAGUGCCAUUAAGGGGGUGGGAUUAUCCAGUGAGGGUGUGUCAGAAAUGUGAGAAAAGGAAAGAUAAGCUGUGAAACGUGGCUGAUUGUAAAUGUUGACAGGCACUCACCUUUCAGAUAAUUGUUAAAUGUAUAGGCAGAUAUAGCUGUCAGGUUUUUCUUUUGAGACAAACAUUUUUUACUGGUUAUAAAUAGCAGGGAUGCAUCACUAUUUUGGAUAAUUUUGCGGGGCAGGGACACAUUUGUGAUGUUAACAAUUCCCAUUUAAAGCAUACAUCAUUUAAGAAAUACUGAGAAAACCAGAUUGAUUAUCUAAGAAUAAAGUAUAUGAACAUUCACAAUGUAGAUUGCAAAAGGAAAAAAGAAACAGAAGACAAAAUUAAAAAUAAUUGGACAGGGCUGUUGUCAUAGGACAAAUUUCUGUAAAUUUUGGGGGGAAUUUUUUUUUUAUUGCAAUGAUGGAGUAGAAAAAUUAACAAAAAGUUUAUAUACAGUCUUACCUCUACAUAGCAACACUGGUUGGAAAACAGAAUGUUUGGAUCUUGCUAUAAAGUUGUUAAUUUUAUUGUGAAGUCCUACUUUGGGGAGAAUUGAAACUGUUGUCACUGGUGUACAGCGUUCACCAGAAAUAGCCCCUCAAAACGUUGAAACUGAAAGUAAGAUGAUGUACGUCGGGUUCACUCAGGGUACAACUAACUCAAGCUGAUGGGUGACAACUCAAAUACAAGUAGAGGGAAGUCUAUAUUUUCUAUUAAAGACGGAUUUUGAUACAGAAAAUGCCUUUUGGGCUUGAUUUAGUGUUAAAUAUCAACAUUGUUUGCAAAUGUCAACAAAAACACUUAAAUUUAUUGCCAAAUAAACAAAAAUUAUUCAAUUUGCAGUAAAAAGCAAAUACUGGUCUAAAACUAGACAUAUUCAGCUUUGUUUGGAAAAAUUGAUUAAGUCAUGAUGGAGAAAUAAAUUAAAACAUUACCUUGGGUGAACUCGACAUACACCUUAUUACUUUCAUUUUCCAUGUUUUGAACGGCUAUUUCCGGUGAAUGCUGUGCAACAUUGGUUGUUGUUAAGAGGUCAUUGUUAUGUAGAAGUUCGCUUUACAGAGGUUGCUUUGUAUGUAAAGCUUAGUGGUAUUUAUCAUAUUUGUCAUUUUGAGAAAACUGGUUAUUUUAAUUGCAAGAGAAACUUAAAAUUUUACUGCCAUUGUUGAUUUUGUAUCAUUGUGGGUGAUUUUUUUUAUAAUCAAAUAUGGUCUUCAGUCUUUGAAUUGUGUGUAUUGUUUUACCUGUUUUUGUAAAUUCAGCCUUGGGUUUAAUAACAUUCCUGCUUUUUGCUCAGUGUGUAAAUUAAUCAUUAGGAUUUUUUGUUUGGUUGCUUUUGUGGAUGAUAAGUAAGGCAAUUGAAUCGCAACAUUUGAAUGAUUUCAUUCUUCAAGUUACAUGUCUCUAGAAGGGUACAAAAUGAUUUGAAACAUAAAACUAAGAAAAGGUUAAGCCAAGAUAUUUAUAAGAUAUCAACAAUCCAUGUGAUGUGUGAUAUUGUUUACACAAGCAUUGACUUAAUUUAUUGUUAUAGUUUAUUAGGGCGAUCAAUAUUUUACACAUUAAAGUUGUUAUCUGAGUAUAGAAAAUACCUUGGACUGCCAGCACAUUGACACUUAAUCCUCUGGAACUAAAAAUGAUAUGUCAUUGCCACCAGUAUUAGUGCAAAGUCCACCUGUCCUAAAGUGUAGUCUGACCAGGUUCUAAACUGUAGGUAUCUCAAUUUUUGUACUUGUAUGUUUAAAUCUAUGUUUAAAUUUUAAACAGACUCACUGUUCCACAUUUCAAAGCUUGGCAGACCCUAGUUUUGCAAUUUCAGCAGGUUAUGGGAUUAGAUUGCAUUAUUAGUGUGUGUUGGGCAUACAUUUUCUAAAUUUUUGUAAGAUAAGCAUUAAUCGAAAUGUGCCCUGUUUGAAAAAAAAAAAGAAAAAAUUUCAUUUAUUAGAGAAUUAGAGAAUUAUCUGUAUUCAUGUUUUCGAAUUACAUGUAACAGCUCAAGUUCUUUGCAAAUGUGUAUCAAAGAUUUUCCUUCAAUGAUUUUGCACUGUAAAUUUUAUUUUCCCAUUUAUAUUAUGUUUUGUUGCCUAUUUUAAUAAUGCAUUUUCUUUUUUGUUCUUGUAAAAAUGAUUGUUUUGUUUGUUGGUGUGUUUUUUUCUCUGGUAAAUAAAUACCUAGUUAUAAUAUGAUACUUGUAUCUGUGAUGUUAAAAAUACAAUUUGUGCUUUAGAUUUUGUUUUUAUUUUAACUGUUAUGUUAGAUAUUGGUAAACUUGAACUUUUGGUAUAAGGUAUAAAAUUAUAAGGUAAAAAUUUUAUAUAUAUAUAGAGGAUAAUGUGCUUUCACUAAAUUUUAGCUCACCUGUUUCAAAGUAAAGGUCAAGCUAUUAUGAGUGCUGCAUUGUGUUGUUGCCAUCAUUGUCCUUAUCAUGAAAAAACUUUAAUAUAGCCUAAUAUUGAUAUACUUUCAUGUAUUAGGUCAGUAGAUUUUGUUUGCCUUUGCUUUAUGUGCCAGAGUAACAAUCUAAUAAAAUAUAAAAAUAAAACUAACAGGAUCAUUUAUUAAUUCAGAUGUAUGUCAAAGUAACAUGUUAAUGGAAUACAAAUGAAUCGGAUUAAUGACUAUUUUCCACUUUUAUACUGCAAUUAAAUUAAAUAUAAAUACAAUGUACAAACAAGAAUUUUUCAAACUUUUUUUUUUAUACAGCUUAUUUGUUGCAGAAAUUUUGAGUUUGAUUGCAUUGAAAUUAAUGCAUGGUGCUUAUAAUGUUUAAGGACUUUUUUUGUUGAGAAUUUUUAGUGCAAUAUGAUGAUGGUCGAUUUUUAGUCAGAUUUUUAUUGACUGUCUAUAUUGGUUUAUUUUGUAUUGAAUUUUGAAGUUUGUUACGAGGGUUUUCUUUCUACUUCGAAUUGUAAAGUACGUUGUUAUUUAAAAAUGCAUGGAAGUAAGAAUGGUUAUCUUUGAUUAUUUUUUUUUUGCUUUAAGUAGUUUCUAAUUUAUGCUUUACUAAUUUACUGUGAUUGUCAUAUCCUGCACUGAAUUCUGAUUACUAGUAGUGCAAUUUACACUUAUAUGAUUCCGACUAAAUGGUAAAUAGGUUCAAAUUACUUGAGUCUAUGCAUCUCAUAGCUCCAGCAGGUGAGGUGGUUUCGACCCCUGGUUUUGCUUUAAGUUUGUAACACUGGGGUUUAGCCAAAAAUCAUCUUUCCCAAAUCAGUACCAUAUGACCUAACUUGUGUUGGUGCGCUGUAUAACAAAAAAUCACCCAAGAAUUAAUGUAAUGACCACUGGAAAAUGUUUUGUGUAUGAUUCUAUAGCUGAAAUUUCAAGUGCAUUUAUGUCACUUGGUGUUGGCGGGCACUCUAAGGAAUUGCUUUAUCCUAUUACAUGCAGUUUUGAAUGAUUGUAAAAAAAUGUCUUCCUUUUAUAACCCAGGUGUGUUAAAUAAAUUAAUAACUGUUAUUACUCUUUAGAAUGUAUUCCUUUGUGUCAUAAAGUGACACCUAAAACAUUUGAUUCUCAGAAGUAUACGAAAAUGUUUAAUUAUCCACCAAUUAGUUCAUUAAGUCAAAAAUAAUAAAUAUAUGCAAAAGGGAGAUUAUGUUGGAAUAAAAAUAGCUUUGUGUAUUGUACAUGUAUAUUUAACUACAUGUAACAGCCAAAAUCAGUGCUGUUAGACCUUUCAAGAUUCAAAUUGACUUUUUAAUAUGAUGUAAGCAAAAGUUAUGAUUUGAUUUAAAUUAUUUGAGUAUAAUGUAGUGUUAGGAUAAUAUUUUGUGAUCAAAGCCAAAUCUCAUAUGUAAACAUCAUGUUAGAAUUACAUACAUACAUGUAUAUCACACCAUUCCUCUUGCUAGUAUACACCUUUAAUGGUAGUGGAAGGCUUUUAUAUUCUUUUUGAAUUUUUCAAAUUGCUUGUUAUGAUGAACUGUUAUGAUGAACUAUUAUGAUGAACUAUAUGGUUAAAAUAGUACUUGAAUUUAGCAAAUUGCCUGAAUGAUUAAAAUGGUACUAAAGUUUUUUGAAUUUUGCAAAUUGCUUUAAAUGAUGUACUACAUAACUAUAUCGAUAGAAAGGUAUUUUUAAAGUUAAAAACUUAAUACUUUAUAUGAAAAUGACAGUUAUGCUUAUUGCUUUUUAAGGUAUGCUUAAUGGUUUAUGUGAUAUUUAAGUUUUUGAAUUUCGCAAAUUUAUUUAUAUAAUGUACCACAUGUAUAUGGUUAAAAUGGUACUUAAGUUGAAAACUUUGUAUUUGUAAAAGUGAAAAUUGACUGACAGAAGUGUUUACAUUAACAUUGAUCAUUAACUUUCUGAAAAACAAAACUGUCCUCAUGUCUUAAAUUAUUUAACAUUUCAUUGUAAUAUUCUGGGAUUUAGUUACGGAGUAUAUAUUACGUUCAUACUGUUUCUGUAGUACAAUAUACAUGUACAUGAUUACUCAUGGAGUUAACACCUUGACCUUCUAGUAUUCCAGGAGAUUGCCCAGUUUACCUGUCUGUUUUUAGCAUUCCUGAUGGUGUGCAGUACUGCUUUUAAUAGAUUAUAAUGUAUUAUUUUUGUCAGAAAAAAAUGAAAUAAAAUAUAAUGUAUUCAAGAAAUUUCACAGAUGUGAUAUAAAAAUGUAUUAGAGAAUUCUUUUCUUUUUUUAUUAUUUUUUAGGGCAAAAUAAACAUUUAAACUGUAUUUCUAUUAUUAAUAUGAUAUGUUGCAGACAUUAUAUUUAUACAUAUUUAAGUACAUGUACUUGUGGAUGUGACUUUUAAUCAUAGAGAAAAAAACAACAACAAAAAAACAAAAUAUUUAAAUCUUUAUUAUUUUGAAGAAAAAAAGAUUAAAAAAAAGAUUAAAUGAAAAAAAAAACAACUAAGAUUAAACCAUUAUCUGGAUAUCAGUAUAAUGUUUCUUCAUAGAAUCAUUUUCUGUUUGCAAAGUGGUUUGUUGAAUAGUCAGAUUUAUUUGUCAGGGAAAUGUGUUUUUCUAAGUUUAUAUAAAAUAUUUUGAAAUAAUCGUAUAGCAACACAAACUUCUAUUAUUCCAACUGUAGCCUUACCUUUCUAGAAAAUAGUUGAAUAUCUUGUUGCAGAAAUAUACUCAUGUUAAUUUCAUAAGAUUUGUUGAAUGAUUUUAUAUCAAUAAAAUUCAUUAUGGAG